ACUACAACUCCCGGCGUGCUCCUCGGCAGCAGGACUACAGUUCCCGGCGUGCCCCGCGGCGCCCCCGCGCCCGUGAGGCGGGAGGCGCGAACCCGGAGCCCUCAGCCCGGAGCCCUCAGCGCUGGCCGAGCGGGUCCCGCCGAGCACCGGCCGCAGCCCGCCCCGCCACCCGCCGCCGCGGGCCCUGCCCAGGAGAUCCCAUCUUCAAGCUCCUUCCAACCUAAUGGAGCCAGCGAAGCAGCCCUGAGGUGUGACAUUGAAGAGCUGAAAAGGAAAGACCUUGCUCUAGACCAGGAAAUUGCACAAUUAUCGUCCGAAGGCUACAGCCUGGAGGAACUGGAGAAGCACAUCUCUCUGCUCCAUGAGUACAAUGAAAUCAAAGAUGCUGGGCAGAUGCUGCUGGGCAAGCUGGCUGUUAUCCGAGGGGUCACUACAAAACAGCUCUACCCUGAAUAUGACUUGGAGCUCAGUGACUAGUCCUGAACCUGGAGGCUGCCACAUCCUGCAGAAGUGACUGUCACUGGGCACACGUGUUGGUGUCAUUCUGGUUUGGAACAGGCAGAAGGUGCCCUCUGAAGGAUUUUUAAUUUAAAUGUAGCAUUGCCACAGGUGUGGUUUAACAGGCUUGUUCCUAAGAAUCUUUGGAACAUGAAAGUUGUUGAAUCUAUCAACUGUUUUCUGCUGUUGAGAAAGGGAUAUAGGUCUUGGGUUAAAUUCAUCUACUACCUGAUCAACGAGAUUUUUAUUUUUUUAAUUGGUAAGGUUGUAACUCAGGUUGAUGUUGAGACCCUUCCUAUGAAGCCUUUGUUUCCCUGCUACAUCCUGGGGCUGUUUGGUUACUGAAUGGAUAGAGGAAGUGAGGACAUACAAAUGUCCAAUGUAAUAGCUGCUUUGAAAGGAAAACCCUCAGAAGCACGGAGGGAGGGCUGAAGUGGUGGUGUUUUGGGGGUUUUGUUGUAUGGUCAAAUCUGGAGAACUCUGGGUGUUCUGCAUUUUUGUACUUACCUGCUCUGGUAUCUGGAGGUUUUGUAUAAUUUCUGUAGUAAAAUGGCAAAAUGUGAAGUUGUGUUAAUUGUCCAAUCUGAAUAAAGCAGCCUUCACAUUUCUCAGUAA